GAGUCGUUGCGCGCUUCGUCGUUCACAGAGACUGCCAAAAAGGGAACAGUUCCACAGCGCCAAACAAGGCCCAAAUAAUCUGGAUCUAGCUCACCGCCGGGCACGACGACGGCGACGUCUUUCCUUGUCUCUGCACCCUUAGCAGCCUCCUGAGGCGAGGAGAGUCUUUGCUGCGAUGAGCGGGGAGGAAUACGCGGCAGCCUCGCCGUUCCAGCCGGAGCAGCACCAUCAAAAUCCCACCUCCAAUAACGGCGGCGACGACAUCCCCAUUGAUCCUGCUCUGAACGCAAUCCCAGUCGACCCGGCGCUGCUUGAGGGUGGAGAAAGAGAGAAUGGAGAGGUCGUCACACCUCGAGUAGUCGCGCCUCAGCCGAAGAUUGCUCAGUUUCGACAGUACUCGCAGGCCCCGCAGGGAGACCCGUUCGCGCCACAGCCGAGCCCCUCAUACUUGCCCAUCGAGGAGCCAACGCCACCGCUUGCAGCGAAACCACCGAAGAAAAAGCGCCAGCCAAAGCGCGAGGAGGAGUGCGGGUUCUGCCAGGGAGACGACUCGAGGAACGGACAGGGACAGGCUGAACGCAUGGUCAGUUGCACGGAAUGCGGCCGGAGCGACAUCGCCGAAACGAUGCAUUCGUACGCUUGGGUGUGUCACAGUUGCAAGAGGUGUGAGAUCUGUCAGAAGAAAGAACGAGAGGUGGUGUUUCAGAACAAGAUGGUCCUGUGCGAACGAUGCGACCGAGGCUGGCAUAUGGACUGUCUGCAACCACCGCUGGAGGAAGCUCCUCCGGGGUCGUGGUACUGUCCGCUGUGCGAGGGCGCCCUCGCGCAGGAAGCACAGUUCCCUCCGCAACCUGAUGUACACUACCCCACCAAGGUCCCACCAGCGGCCAACACUCCUUUCGCCCCCUAUCCUGCACCCCUCCUCGAGCAUCCAACCAAGCUCCCGCCAGAACAUAUCGCGGCAUACCGCUCGUCUUCAGUCGCGUCCUCGUCUCGUCUUACAGAUGGUCGUGGACAUGACACAGCCGGCGCGACGGAUGAGUCUGAGGCCGAUGCAAAUGGGGAGGCGACCCCGGCCGCGUCAAGACAGAAGAGUAAGAAGAAGCAGCGUCCUAAAGGAAAAACACCCAUGCAUGACGACCCCGACGACGAAGCCACGCCGUCGACCCGGUCUCACAAGCGUCCGCGCGUUCGACUGGCCACUCCUGCACAGCCGUCCUCCCCCACGCAGAAGUCCGGGACCGGCCUGCGGAUCCGGCUGCCCUUCCGAGACAAGGGCAAGGCACGCGAAGACGACUCCAGCGACGGGCCCAAGGGGAUGUUCGACGACAUCCUCAGCCCGGAGGACCGCGACAUGACCGAGAUGACGAUCAUUGGGCUGGACAAGCAGCGCUUCGAGAAAAGCCGUGUUGUCGUGGAAGAGCGACUGAACCCGAAGCCGCCUCCGGCUCCGCUGGAGGCUCCAGAGACACCGGGCGCGGGACCGUCUUCGCGACCCUUGCGCUCGACUCGUCAAGCCACAGUUACAGUACCUUUGUCAGAACGUUCGGAGUCUCCUGCGCGCUCAACCCCGGGGCCUCAGGCCCAGAAGUCCUCGGAUGGCUUGCGAAUACGCAGGAUACGGUUUGGUGACCACGACAUCGACACUUGGUUCGACGCUCCGUUUCCAGAAGAGUAUGCGAACAUCUCCGACGGCAGGCUGUGGUAUUGCGAAUUUUGUUUGAAGUACAUGAGGAGCAAGUUUCUAGCGAAUCGGCAUCUGAUGAAAUGCAAGAUGCGGUUCCCGCCAGGAGACGAGAUCUACCGUGACGGCCCGAUCUCCAUCUUCGAGAACUUAUGUUUGCUGUCAAAGAUGUUCCUGGAUCACAAAUCCUUAUUCUACGACGUGGAGCCGUUCCUAUUCUAUGUAAUCGCCGAGUUCGACGACGUCGGCGCACGCUUCGUAGGGUACUUUAGCAAGGAGAAGCGCAGUCCGAAGGAUUAUAACAGACGAGGGUGGGGUCAGCUUCUGAUCGAUUUCAGUAAGAUCGGUUACCUGUUGUCGCGAAAGGAGCAACGGCCUGGGUCCCCGGAGAAACCCUUGUCGCCUUUGGGGGCGAUCAGUUACAGGAAGUACUGGACCUUCGCUUUGCAUAGGUACUUUCGUACGGCCUUGCCCAAUCCUCGCCUUGAAGACAUCAGUGCCGCCACCGCGAUGACGAUCGAAGACAUCUGCAACACACUCGUCCAUCUCAAGAUGAUCAGGAUCGACGACCCAGCGAAUCGAGCGAAGCCGAUGCCUGGGCAGGCCAUCAAGUUCCCGAAGGGCAGGAAGAACGGCAUCGCGAGGAAGCACUUGCAGCGCAGGGAGACGCACGACGACGAGAAGGUCAAAGGGCCGUUCAUCAUUCCGAACAAGUACGAGAUCCGCUGGAACAUGGAAGAGGUCGAACGUUACCUGGCGAGCAUGGAGGCGAAGAACUAUGUCACGCUGAAGCCCGAAAAGCUGAAGUGGAGCCCGUUCAUCGUGUCGAGGACGCGCAAGUCGGAGCAGUUGGCGUCCGCGAACUCGGAGACGGCACGAGCGAUGGGUGCGCAGGCCAUGACAGUCUCCGAUGCCGUGGCAGCAGUGGUCGAGACGGCCACGCCUGGAGCCGUAGCGGACUCUAGCGCAUUUCCUUCUGUGUCGCCGUUUGACCUGUUUGAUGACGACGUGGUGGUCGCAUCCAGUCCAUCUCAUGAAGCCUCUACGGGACGUCCUGGGAUGAACGGUGCUUCCGAUGCCGGCGUGGCUCCCAACUCGGCUCCCAACGACACGCUACCGAUUGCAGCACCAGAGUUCGCGUCGGCUUCAGCACCGGCGCUGGCGCCAGAUCCGCAGCCAGAGGAGAUCCAAACGGAUGAGCAACUGCAACUCGAGCAGGACGAAUUGCUUGCACGGCAGUUAACGCGGGACCUACAGAUGUCUGACCGGUCUCUACGUAGGCGUGGGCAGCCCGAUCCCAAAUCGACAGAGGACGCGCGUCAGCGAGGCCGGGACGAGUCGCCUUCCGUGCGUAAGUCGCGUCCUGCGGCCGCUCGCCGAGCAUCCGUGCGUGUGACGGGGAGCGUGUCGCCCGUGAAGGCUGGGAACAGCGCGCGACGCGUCUCCCAGGACGAUCAUGACGAGACGGGGAAGCGGCCCCUGCGCUCCCGCGCGACGACGGAGCCUGACGUGCGGGCGGCGUCGUCUGCGCGGUCCAUAUCGCCACGCAAGCGCAGGCGGAUCGAAUCACCGCCACCUCCGGAGCCAGAAGUGGCCAGGACGCCGGCGCCGUCCCGUAAGAACUCCCGUCGUGGGGUGACGGAGGACCCUGCUCAGUCUCCUGCUCUGCCACGCAGUCAGCGCAAGCCCACCAGGCGGAACACGGAUACGAACGCGAGGAUGGCGUCGGCCUCGCCUACCAAGACGCGACGCUCGCCGAGGAAGCCCACCAGCGACAGCAAGAUGCUCGAUGAGCCUCACGGCGGUGAGGAGGAUAAGGGCGAGCCUGACGUGGAGAUGCAAGACGAGAGUGCGAACAGUCCGCUCACCGGGGUGACGAGUCGCCAUAGCGUGCCCAGCGAAGACACCGUGGUGGUCACGCCGACCGCCGGCGGCAUGAACAAAGCAUCCCCUGGCGGUGUGCCACCUGUAUUGUCCACUGUUGACGGAAGCCACGCGGCGGAGUACGACGGGGCGGACGUGAUGGAUGUGGACGAGGAUGAGAAGGACGAGGACUACACUGGGAACAACGAUGAUCAGGACGCGGAGGGCGAGCCGGACAAUGACGGGGAGCCCAACCUCGGCGAGGGUUGAACCAUACAUGUUUCUAUAUUAUUUUUGCGGUCUGUAUUGCGCGGGUCCUGUUGCGUGUUAGACGGUGUAUGAUGUACUAUACCUGCGUUGAUGGUGCUUUCUGUAGUUUAUGUCCGGUUUAUGCCGACACGUAAAGGUAUGCCGAGGUUUGGCAGAGACGAUGACGGUGCGCCGGGAGGCGAGGCGGGGGACCGGAGUCUCUGGUCUGAAUAGGUAAGGCCAGGCUAGGGAGACUGUCUGAAACGGAAAGGAUGUUACUCUCACCCCAAUAACAAGUCUUUUUGCUCAUACUCACAGGGCCAGAGAAACACCGUUCCUGCGCGCACCACGAAACUAUAAACGGCCGGGGGCAGUGAUACCUGCCGCCUGACUAGGUCACUAGCAAGGUUGGAGACUGCGCUUUUUUGGCCGCUUCUCAUGCACUGGUAGGACCAAGCGGCUUCGCACGAGCGAUCUUCUGGGAAGGGGGGAAGGCACGGUGUGGAAGAAGAG